AUGGAAAGGACAGAUAAUAUUUUAGAUGAUUUGAUACCUGAUCCUACUCUACCAGAUGUUCAACAAGAUGCUAAUAUUUUGAAAGAAGAAAGGCUUUUUAGAGCUCAAAAUACUAUGAAGGCUGCUAAUGCUAAUGUAACUAAACAGCUUUUCGGACAGAAUGAAGUUGCAGAUGCUAACGAAAAGGCAGCCAUAUGUAUUCAGAAACGUUACAGAGGCUAUCAAGGAAGAAAGGAAUAUGAAAAAGAAUUGUAUGAUCAAUAUGUCAAAGUAGGUAUAUUUCAUAUCAUAUAUUAUCUAGGAAUAUUAAAAUAUCUGUAA